AUGGGUGCUUCGUUAUCAGUGUCCGAGAAAUCCAUCCAUCAAUUCACCGUCAAGGAUAGCGCCGGCAAGGAUGUUGACCUAAGCAUUUAUCAAGGGAAGGUUCUCCUCGUCGUCAAUGUCGCUUCUAAAUGCGGUUUCACGGAAACCAAUUACACACAGCUGACGGAACUUUACCAAAACUACAAAGAUCAAGGGUUAGUGAUCUUGGCGUUUCCUUGCAACCAGUUUUUGUUCCAAGAGCCUGGCACUAGCCAAGAGGCUCAUGAGUUUGCUUGUACCCGGUUCAAGGCCGAAUACCCGGUUUUCCAAAAGGUGCGUGUAAAUGGACAAAACGCAGCACCGGUCUACAAAUUCCUCAAGGCAAAGAAACCGACUUUCCUGGGAAGUAGGAUCAAAUGGAACUUCACCAAGUUCUUGGUCGGGAAAGAUGGUCAAGUCAUUGAUCGUUAUGGCCCAACUGUUCCACCGCUAUCCAUCGAGAACGACAUCAAGAAAGCCCUUGGAGAGGCAUGA